AUGUACAGAAUACGGAAUACUAACAUAUAUAUAGCUAUUGUCGUUCGUGGUCGUUUCGCUGGUAAGAAGGUCGUCAUUGUCAAGCCACAUGACGAAGGUACCAAAGCACACCCAUUCGCACACGCCAUUGUUGUUGGUAUUGAAAGAUACCCAUUGAAGGUUACCAAGAACUUAGGUGCCAAGAAGACUGCUAAGAGAACUAAGGUUAAGCCAUUCGUCAAAUUAGUCAACUACAACCACUUAAUGCCAACAAGAUACUCUUUAGAUGUUGAAUCUUUCAAGUCUGUUGUUUCAUCUGAAACCUUAGAAGAACCAACUCAAAGAGAAGAAGCUAAGAAAGUUGUCAAGAAGGCCUUAGAGGAAAAGCACCAAGCUGGUAAAAACAAAUGGUUCUUCACUAAACUUAACUUUUAAAGAACUUUAUAUCUACAUAUAUAGGAUUUAAAAAGAGGGUUUAAAAUUUGUUUAUAUUAGUUUUUCUGUUGUUUUUUCUUGCAUGGGUUUAAAAAUAAACAAUAAUUUUACGAUUUAAAA